UCAACCGCAAAUAAAAGGUUGUAUAUUCGCACAAAAUGAAAUAUUUUCUGGUCCUCUUCAUUUUCGGGAUCUUCUGCCAAAAUAUCCUUGCCAGAGGGCUUGACGAUGCAGUCUUAAGUGACUUUGAGCGAAGGCUAGUGAGAUUGGAAACUCGACAAUUAUACGAAAGCCAAGACAUUGAGCACAGGAUGCUCCAAUUGGAAAUACAUUUGGAAACUCAUCAAAAAGGAGAAACAUUGGAAGAGAACCCGUUGAAAAGAAAAUUCAAUGAAACUUUAAAAGUGGAAAAACCCGCCGAGGGUAUCACUCUUCUUCAAAGACUGGAGAAAUUAGAGAAGAACUGGGAGAAGGAGCUAGAGAAGCAGUUGGCGGAAUUCUCCUCGAAAUAUGAGAAUCUAGCUGAAAGGUUCUCAGCUAUUGAGAAACAUGUAGAGGAGCACAUUUCCGGCUCUAAAAAUGACAACUCGAAAGAGAAUCAAUUUCAGAAGAUUGGUACAAACCACUACUUUAUUGAAAGAUAUGAAAACAAAACCUGGUAUGAAGCUGUGCAAAAAUGUAACGAAAUGAACGCACAUCUGUUAAUGCUCCGAGGCGAGGAAUGGAGCGAUUUGAAGGAAGCCCUGAAUCCAGACCAUACCUAUUGGACUGAUGUUCGGGCGAUGCCCAAAAUCUCCAACAACUUUGACGAUAACAAACCAAAUUCAGCUUACGGAGCAGAAAGUUGCCUGAUGUUCACAAAGUAUGAAACGGAACUUGUGGCUUGCAAUGAUCGAAAAUAUUACAUUUGCGAAUCCAAUGACUAUUAG